AGUGGAUGGUGCCCGGUGAGUCACGAGUAGCCUCUUGGUGGAAGCUGGGUGCUGCACCUGUACGACUUGAUAUGUAAGCCAUGUAGAAGCACCCAGUAGCACCCAACCAGGUCCAACGCCACCACCUACCACCUGCUCUGGACUUACAGAUAGGAAUAUUCGGCCAGAAGGGGCUCGGCUAAGGUAGUCUGCGAGAGGUCUCGCUCGGUGCUGGUUCUAGUUGCUAUGGUGUGAAACCAGAAUAGGGGGAGACAUGUUUCCAUGAAGGGGGUGAGGUAGAUGAUUGCCAUGUUAGGGGAGAUGUCGGCGAAGGGAAGAGUGACAGCGAAUCAGAAGGGAUCCCACGACUAAGGCAAGCGGCAACGCGCUCAAAGGCACAAACUUGAUACCUUUGGACCACCUGGCCUGGGACUCCCCUGGGGCGCAGUCCAGGAGACCCGGCGCCAAGUCUAGGUCUGCAUGGGAGACCUCCAAACUCGAGUUGGUCGAGGCCCGGCCCCCACCAGCACCUGGUUGUAUAAGCAGGCAGGUUAAAGAGCUGAUGAGGAUUGAAGGGCAAGGACAAAGAGCUUCACAAAGCACCUGGGCCUGUCGUAUAUCCGUAGAGACGUGCUUGGAAACAGCGAAGCGAAGCCCAGUCGUUUUCUUCUUGGGUUAUUUGGCUACCGUCAUAGCGUCGUGUUGAACAGCCAGGAGAAACGGGAAACUGGGCACGAGUGCUUGGUACACGAGGCUACUAUAAAAAAGAGGCGUCGGCGGUGAGAUAAGGCGGAGGACGGCCAGCUGCUGGGGACCAGAGACCAGAAAAAAAGAACAGAAAGAAUAGAAUAGACAACCAUAGGUAGCUCGGCCCUUUUGGGGAGAAAUAUCAGGCCUCGCCGCCGUGGGGUAUUUGGCAGGCAAAAGUAGCACUGCUGGGGGGGGAGGUCAAAGGAGAUCCGUUUUAGAUUGCCAAGGGCGAAAUGGGCAGGGAGGAGAGGGUCGAGGGGUUGAUAUCCACAGCCAAUCCCGGCUCAGGAGUCGACAAUGCAUCUAGUAGGGUAGACGGACUAACACUUGGGGCACUGGUCUGCGGGCGAUGAUUGUUAGCAGAUGACGCGCUUCUCCCUGUCCUGCAGUAUAAUUUUUCGCGGGUAGUGGAUGGAGCGCCCCAGUUGUCGGACAGUCAGUGUGUGCCCCCCCGUGGUCUCCUCCAAAAAGUCUCAAACAAACUUGCCAACUGAAUUUUUCCGACCUCUAUCCCAACCCACGGGUCCAUUCGUCAACACAUCAACACACAGAGACGGGCUUAAACCACGGCGACACGAUUGUGAUCACACAGAAAACUGCACAGUUGACGAUAACAGCCUCUAUCUGACAUUAAGACACCGCCCGCGAAUUCCUGCCGACGGAGCAUCAUUUGCACCACCCGCAGAAGAGCAGAGCGCAGAGCAGAGCAGGCCAGAGCCCAUCCCGUUCCCAUUCCCGACCGUGGCAGUCUCUCAUCACCCUCCCGUCCCCCGAACACCCUCACUUUCUCGACCAAGACGACCGGCCCAGCCGACCCCUUUGCCUCCUCCCGCUUAACAAGACGAUAACAAAGCGGCCAUCCUGCUGCUGACCCCAUAGCGAUCUACCCAGCGACACGUGAUUUACUUUUUUGCAGUUCAGGUUUACUCCGUUGACGACGCAGCACCUGCUCUCCGCGGUCGCCCUCGCUGAAAGUUGUCCGCUGCAAUCCCGCCAGACCCGGUGACGACAACCCACUUUCGCCAUCUAACGGCUAAGGUACCAAAAAAAAAAAAAAUAGAACCUCUGCAAAUACCAAACCCCCCCAAAAAAGCAGAGAAACACGAAGGGGUCUCUCUCCCCCCGAAUCUCCCUCUCCCGUCACAGCCACUCGUUGCUGAGAUCGCUUCUGUUUUGCAGCGUAAUAGCUCCCAGAAGUGCAUCAUCGCUCCGGUUUUCCAGCGCGCUCGCCGUUCUUUUUUCCUGUCCUGUCUUUGACUGCCUGGGAUCUGCCGGUCACUACCAACAACUCGGUCUUUUUUUUUUUUUUGCGUGCGCCAAAGCCGAAGGCUGGUGAGGAUUGAGGAAUAUUUACAAUGGCGGACCAACACGAAGUCGACCUUGACUCGAUAAUCGAUCGCCUCCUGGAGGUGCGGGGCAGCCGACCGGGCAAGCAAGUCCAGCUGCUCGAGGCCGAGAUUCGCUAUCUUUGCACCAAGGCUCGCGAGAUCUUCAUUUCGCAGCCCAUCCUUCUUGAGCUUGAAGCUCCCAUCAAGAUCUGCGGUGAUAUUCACGGGCAAUACUAUGACUUGCUCCGGCUGUUUGAAUACGGUGGAUUCCCCCCCGAGGCCAACUACCUCUUCCUCGGUGAUUAUGUCGACAGAGGCAAGCAGUCCCUAGAGACCAUCUGCCUGCUGCUCGCCUACAAGAUCAAGUACCCCGAGAACUUCUUCAUCCUCCGUGGCAACCACGAGUGUGCCUCCAUCAACCGUAUCUAUGGUUUCUACGACGAGUGCAAACGUCGCUACAACAUCAAGCUCUGGAAGACAUUUACCGACUGCUUCAACUGUCUCCCCAUUGCCGCCAUUAUUGACGAGAAGAUCUUUACCAUGCACGGUGGUCUUAGUCCCGACCUCAACUCUAUGGAGCAGAUCCGCCGUGUCAUGAGACCCACUGAUAUCCCCGACUGCGGUCUGCUCUGCGAUCUCCUGUGGUCCGACCCAGAUAAGGACAUCACCGGGUGGAGUGAGAACGAUCGUGGUGUCUCGUUCACCUUUGGCCCUGAUGUCGUCUCGCGCUUCCUGCAAAAACACGACAUGGAUCUUAUCUGCCGUGCCCAUCAGGUUGUCGAGGAUGGUUACGAGUUCUUCUCUAAGCGUCAGCUCGUUACGCUAUUCAGCGCCCCCAACUACUGCGGCGAGUUCGACAAUGCUGGUGCCAUGAUGAGCGUCGACGAGAGUCUCCUUUGCUCAUUCCAGAUUCUCAAACCCGCAGAGAAGAAACAAAAGUAUGUUCACGGCCUCGGAGGCGGAAGCAGAACCUCCACCCCCCGGAAAGCUUCCAAAUAAUUGUCAAGUAUUCAUACGAACUUUUCUCCCCCAUUUUUUAGGUUCGGACGUCGAUAAAUUUCCCCUACCGCAUCGCCAAAUCAUGAACAACCAAAGUCACUUCCCCUCGUUGGUUUUUUCCACCACCGUCCUCUUCUCCACGAGUCUUUGCCCAUCACCCAGGCACCCAGCCUCGUCUCUCUCACCGUUUCUUUCGACCGCUUCCUCCGCAUCUUAUAUCGGGCCACGGCUUUUACACACUAGGCUGCCCACUCCCCAUCGCCACCAUCGUCCAUCGACUACCGAGCGAACAGAAAAAAAACAUUAAUCUCUGUGUAAAAUGGGUUCAGAAAGGGGCAACUGCAAAACUUUUUGGGAGGGGGGACGAAUAACGACUUUCAUUGUCACGCCUCAUAAUGAUGGGAAAGGUAUAGAUAAGCGGGUCUCCAUUCAUGUUAGGUUCAGGGAAAGGGAAGGGAGGGGUUGGGGAAUUAUCAAGUUGUUGUCUUCUUCUCUCUUCUGUUCUUUUAUCGCAGUGAACAACGUCAGGGGAGGGGGGAACUGCUUUUUGGUUUCUCUUCCUUCUCUAUUUUCCUUGUCUCUGGGCUUGGCUGCCCGAUGCUGCCGAAUCUAUCAUUUUUUUUUCUCUACCCAGGGGUUGUCGUUGUUCGUUCACCUUUUUAUUAGUCUACUUUUGUUGGUAGCCCGCCAGUUUUCAGAUCCAGUCAGUCGCACACACACACAAAACACCCGUUCGGUUUUUUCCGCAUGACGAGAAAAGGUUGUUGGGGGGGUUGUGGUAGGAGAAUGGGGUGGGAAUGCUGUAUGGCGCCUGUACAAUUUCAGCACAAGCAAAACUUUUUCUUGUCACUUUAUUCCUGCAGCCUGCAUUGAUCCUUGUGACCUUGAUCAUGACUCCAUGUUGGGGUUGGAGGGACACAACAAACCAGAGAGGGAAAUGAGCGGGACGAGGGGUUGGAUGUUGUAAUAUGACUCUCUUAGGAGUUCCAAGCCUUGAUAGGCGUGGGAAAAUGGGGAUGGGGAAUGGGAGGUGUAAAGAAGUGAAGAAGUGUGUGUAUGAUAGUUUUGGAGACGAGGUAUAAGGGGGUAAUGGGGGGGAUGAGAGGUGGGGGUGGUUGUUAGUUUCUGUUUGUGUUAUGUUCUUUUUUUGUUGUUGUCUGGUCUGUUUAUGGAGGGUUGGGGGUUUAAAGCCAGGAGUAUGAGAAGGAAGGCAGGGGGCCGUUGUCGUUUUUUCGUAGUAAGGGUGUGUGGGUGUGUGGUAUAGUUUAUGUCAACUUAUACUGUCUGCUAUUACUUUGGGUUGGGGCUGAUGUGAUUGAGUGUCUAAGGCUAAGGCGAGCGCAUGUGUCCCGUGCUAACACCGGCUGGUGUUAUGUAAAUGCUUGUGGGAAGGACUCCGGUAAGAUGUGUCCGAGCCGGGCCGGCCGGGUGGCGAACGACAAACCACAUUAAACACGAGAUCGGAUGGAUGACUCUUUGAGCGGAGUCGAGACGGAGGCUAGAUAUUGACGAUUUGAGUCCUGCUUUGGAGUGCCCCAGCACGCUGUGGGCAUCAUCAAGACUACCUCCUACCUACCUAACUACAAUUCAUCUUGCUCGAUCUGACAAAGUAGAAUCUAUUUUUUGCCAUCACAACUACUCAUCUCAUGUCUCCACUCCAAGCGCGAAGCGGACACCUUAGGUAAAAUUUUCAGUUAAAUUUUGAAAAAAAAAAAAAAAAGAA